AUGGCCAUUUUUCAGCUGUUUUCGUCCAGACAGCCCAGGAAGCGAGACGGGCCGUGGUCUUUGCUUGUCUGUGCUUGUGCUACCAUGACCUGGGUUGCGUCAUUGGGUUUCCUGUUCAGCUUUGGAAUUUUUCUUCCUGUGUUCAUGAACUAUUUCAACGAAUCCAGGGAAACCACAGGUUAGCCUACUUUCCAAACGACUCUUCCUUUUACUCUUACACCUCUAAUCAAUGGAGAUGACGCUCGCCUUCGUUCACUAUCGUGUGCAUCUAAAUUUGGUGCGUAAUUUGAGCCGCUGUACCUUUCACUAAUUGUUUACUUCGGCCACCAGAGCUGUUUGAAUUUAAUUGAGUGCGCCAUAACCCCUCUUUUUUUAAGUUUGCUGGCAGAGAAAUUUCUUCAAAAGGGGAUUAAUGUAUCAGACGUAUACAUGUAUUUACAUAGAAGUAUCUAGACGUUCGGAGUUAAUUUAUAAUAGCAACAGAGCCAGCGUCCUACUCGUUCGUUCUUCUUCAGCUCUCCACCACCUUAGGAGCAAAACGGAAAGAGAUCUUAGUAGUAAGAUUAGCAUUUCUACAGCCUGUACACCGGCUGCGCUGCUAUCGGGCCCCAUUUACUUAGUGAAGGGGCCUGGGUCACUCCCAAGCUUGAUCUAAAUAUCAAUUCUCGCAAGAUUAUUUAGCUUCUAGCAUCUAACUUCUCCUCACAAUAUCACUCCUGGAUCGAACAUUUAGGUCACGAGAGUUAAGGAAAUGAUCACCGACUAAAGAAGCUCUUGAUUGUUAAAAACAAAUUCUCCUUGUCGGUGUCGGAGACUGUGUUUUGUGCGUGACACAUAUCAGAUAACAAGUGUAAACAUUACAUCAAGAGAGACUAUCAUUUGUUAUCAAGAGUUAGAAGCACCGCCUUUCGUGACUUUGGGACAUUGAUCGGUUUGCAUGAUCGAUGCAACCUUGAAUAACCUUUUAUAUCAGGCCUUAGCAACAACUAAUCACAAUGUGGAGAAUGUAGUAUAAGAGAGUGAUUUCGUUACAAGUUAUGCAGAGUAGCUCUACAUGCCCGUCGUAACUGAGUGAAUACGAGAGUGGAGAUAAACAAUUGAGCUUAAUCGAGUCUGUUGAUUGAGUCUAGUUCGUUAGGAUUCUAUCCCUAGUAAACGGGACAAAGUUUACGAAGAAUACGCAUACUGACGUUAGGGUGUAAAGGAUCAAACAAUACAACUUUGUCAUUUUCGUCAUAGCCUUCACUUGAAAUAAGAAAAAAAAAAAAAAAGAAAAAAAAAAGUAACAUAUGUGAUGUUUUAUUUGAUGGCUUAGCAUGGCUCGGUUCUGUUGGUAUCGCCUUGGCCUUCUUCACUGGGCACCUGUCUUCUGCUCUGGUUACUCGGUUUGGCUGCCGAGUCACAACUUUGAUCGGAGGCGCAUUCUGUGUCGUCAGUUUGAUUACCAGCUCUUUUGUGGAGAACAUGAUGGUUCUCUUCUUUACCUACAGUCUCCUAUUUGGUUUGGGAUCCAGUUGCACGUUCUCUGCGGGUCUGGUAGUAAUAGGAAAGUACUUUAAAAAAAGACAGUCAUUAGCAACAGGGGUAUUGACAGCUGGGCACGGUGGAGGAGUGCUCGUUAUGGGCCCCACGUUAGAGGCCCUAGUGAGAAUCACCGGUAGCUGGCAAACGACUUAUCGCAUAAUGGCGGGAGUAGCAUUCAUCUUGUGUUCUCUCGCUGUGACAUUUGAUCCCAACGUUGAGAGUGAUGAAGAUGAUAACGACAAUCAAGAGAAAGAGGAACGUCACGGGGGUGAUAAGGCGAUUGAGGAGGGUGCCACAAAGAAACAGCUGAUUGAUUUCUCCGUGUGGAAAGAACUUCCAGUCAUUGCUAUCAUAGUAGGCGCAUGUGUGGUAGAGUUCGGCCAUUUUGUGCCGCAGAUUCAUUUGGUAAGUCCGACCCUUAACAAACGCAAUCGAAACGCUCUUACCAUCCUUUGACAAAGAAGCUCGUACAUGACCAGUUGAAAUUUGCUUAUGCACAGAUUAUUCUGCGCGCGAUCGAGGUGACAUGUGCGCGCAAUCGAGGCCACAUUUCAUGUCACUUCGACUUUUUUUUUCCGCUUCUUAUCUUUGUCUUUCUCUCUAGAUUCGCUACGGUGAAGAUCUAGGAAUCUCGGCCGAGAAAGGUUCAAAACUUUUUAUCUACUACGGACUGUGCUCCACCAUUGGUCGGCUCCUGGCUGGUAUUAUGUGCAACAACGAGAAGGUGAACCCAUUCUACGUGUUCCAGGCUGCAGAGUUUGUGGCUGGUUUGAGCACAAUCCUUGUUACUCUUACUACAAUCUACACACCUUUGGUUAUCUACGUUAUAGUAUAUGGUCUCAGCGACGGAUUCUUCUUCACGAGUUUGAGUUUUAUUCUUCUCACGGCCAGUCCGUUAAAGACGCCCGCAGUGCUUGGCUGGGAAAUGAUGCUGACAUCAGCUUUCUUGGCCAGUGGUCCUCCAUUAGCGGGUAUGGGCAGAAAACUUGUACUCAAGUGAUAUCUUUAAAGUAUUUAUAAAGUGCAGUAGAUAUGUGUCAUAUACCAUGAGAGACAGGCCAUUACUCAUCGCUUAAGGAGGCUGGAGGAUUUUGGUUGUAUCACGAUCAAAUUUACCUGAUUCCCCCUAAGGCUGUGAAACAUUCUUGUGAUUUCCCUUCAUCUACAGGUAAUUUAUAGUCCCCUCCCCCCUUUAUGCUGUGUUUGCCAUAACUGAAUAAUUGACCCUCUUUCCCCCCCCCCUCCAUUUCCCCUGAAAAACAAUAAUAAUGACUAGUUCCCGACCCCUUCUCAGCUCUUAACCAGUGAUCAUAGCCCACGCAUACUUACCUCAGAUGAAAAACGAAAGAAAAAUCAAGAGUUGCUUGGGUACAGUCUCACUCUGGCUAAUCGAUAUAAAUUGUUGAUGAAUGAAAAUUUUUCGUUUGGUUUUAAAAGAGGGGUAAGUUUUGACCAUGAAAUCGGGUCUGUAUAUUUGAAAUAUCAGUGGUAAUGUUCACGUGCCCCUUCCCCCUUCCACUCUUGUAGUUACCACUUUGUACGUAGUAUCCCAGAGACCAUCACUGAGAGGGGCAAGCGAGGCAAUAAGUGUCAAAAAAUGUGUCCAGGAAUGCAGUUACUUGAUGAGAGUCGGUGAAGUAACCUCUCAACCCCUUUCUUUUUGAAGAACUUGGCUAAUGUACGUUCUCAUCUCCAGGCCCUUACCUGUGAUACGUCAUUUUCUGUCAGUGUUUCUGUUAUCCAGGCUCUAAAGACUACCCUUUUAUCACAUGGACAAAUUUCGCAACCAUAAGUCAAAAAUGUAGUUCCAUUUGUCAAAAUUGUUACGGAGAUUAGGAUUUUCUCAGAAUCGUUGUUUCACAUUCAUUUCAUUUCUUUGUUUUAUCAGGUCUUUUAGCGGACAAAUUGGGCUCAUAUGUCCUUCCUUUCCAAGUUGCUGGAGGUAUCACGCUGGCAGGAUCGUUCAUUCCCUUUAUGUUGUUGUGUGACAAACGGCGAGGAAAAGCUGUGUCCAUACUGGAACAAGAAGAUGGCGAGAACCUUCAAGGAGUGGCGUGA